UGGUGGGAAGGAAGAGGAUCGAUGGGAAUCUUCUUUACCGGUUAUAAAAUAUUAUUAUAAAACGGCAAGCGCAUCGGCAGUCGGCUAUCAGUCAAUAACAGUCAGCGGACAUUUAAUAUUAUGCGCAUUUUCGGCAUGGAGUGUUUAAAGAUGUGUGUCGUCGUGGGCUUGGCCCUAACUGCUGGACCGGGUCGACCAGCGGCUGCAGCACCGUCGCCGACCAAUGCUUACGUCUUUCAACAGCACAAACGCAGCCCCGCCGACCCUAACCUGGAUUUGACUUCCCCGCUGACAACGGAAUUCGGUAGUUUCGGACCGUCCGCAACGUUGCCAGAUUUCGGUUACGGUUCUGGAUUCCCGUCCACCGCAGCGGGCUUCGGGUUAAAUGACGCAAUAGACGGUUUGGGCACGUCCGCCGGACUACUGCACUUGUCCCACCCGUACUCCACUACAGCGUUCGGCUCUGGGUUUGACUCGAUUGGUUAUCCAUUUUCCGAGUCAACGCUUAACCAGCUUCAGUUCAAACCUUCGCUGGCUUCCGGUUCAUCGCCCUCACUCCCGGUCUCUAUAAAGUACAGUCCAUCGGUUGCCAAUGCUGGUCUAGAUCAAACCCAUAUCACCGGACUUCCAGCCACCGAGUCCGCGAAGCCGACUGCUCAAAAGACAGUUUCACUGCAACAGACUAGACCUAACGAGCAGCGCGUUCAGGCGGAAUCGUUUAACGCCGCCCCUGCUCCGCUGCAACAGUCAUAUUCAGCUACUGUACCUGUACCACAAAAACAAACGUAUGCAACUUAUGCUCCACUUCAACAGUCAUAUCCAGGCAUCGCAUCUGCUCCACUUCAACAAUCAUAUCCCACAUCCGUAUUUAUACCACGACAACAGUCGUAUGUGACUCCAAUAUCUGCGUCACCACAACAGUCAUUUCCAGCCGCCGCGUCUGCUCCGCUACAACAGUCUUAUCCAGCUUCCGCAUAUGUACCACAGCAACAGUCGUAUUCGGCUGUAAUACCUGUGCCACUUUCACAGUCAUAUCCAGGCACCGCAUCUACUGCGUUUCAACAGUCGUAUGUGACCGCUGAAUCUAUACCACAGCGACAGUCAUAUCCGGCCACUCAAUCUGUACCACAGCAACAGUCAUAUUCUCCUUCUAGAUCUAUACCACAGCAACACUCAUAUCCAGCCGCUCAAUCUGUACCACAGCAACAGUCGUAUUCUCCUUCUGGAUCUGUACCACAGCAACAGUUGUAUCAGACUUCUGGAUCCACUGCGUUUCAACAGUCGUAUGUGACCGCUGAAUCUGUACCACAGCAACAGUCAUAUCCAGCCACUAAAUCUGUACCACAGCAACAGACAUAUUCUCUUUCUGGUUCUAUACAACAGCAACAGUCAUAUUCUCCUUCUGGAUCUGUACCACAGCAACAGUCAUAUCAGGCUGCAUUAUCUGCGCCGUUGCAACAGUCGUAUGUAGCCGCCACAUCUACGCCACCACAACAGUCAUAUCCAUCCACCGCCGAAGAUUUCCGUAUUUCUGCAUAUCAACCAUCCGCAUCUAGCGGUUCAGCGAGUCCACUGGUCACGUCUGGAACUGGAUCCGCACCAGAUCUAAUUUUGGAGCUGAGACCUCCACCGUACACCGCGCCAGCAUCGUCAGUCGAUUAUCGACAAAAUGUGAACAUUCCGUCUACUGCGUCAUCUUCCUAUCCAUCCGCUGACAGCAAUAACAAUAAUAACAACUAUCCCGGUAACAAUUUUGACUUGUUGGCGGCUCCUGUAGCCGGUACUUCCGGUCCGAACCAGGUCUCCAAUGCCCCGAACAGCGGCCAGCUCCCCGGAAAUACAAAAGACUUCCUUGCGUUCGGUUCGAACGCCAAACCCGACCAGACUCCCUCGAACACCUAUUACACGGUCCCCCUUCCAGUUUCCGGCAGUUCGAAUAGUGCGUCAAGUGGUGUUCCCAAUUACUUUUCGAUUCCCAGCAUAUCCUAUUCCUUAACCAGUACUGUAAACAGUGAGUUUGCUGGUUCGACUAGUGCACCACCAGCUGCCGCAGUGUCUUCUACUGGUGGUCCGAGUACCCCGUACCGAGACACCAACUCCAUUCCAAGCUUGUCUUUCACCAACUCCAAUUCAAUUUCCGCUAACUCGUAUAGCGAUUCCAACUCAAUCCAGAGUAGUUCUUAUACUAUACCCAGUUCUCCAGUUGCUGGAAACUCUUACAAUGACUACAAACUCAAUACCGAACAUUUUUACGGUGACUCGAAUUCGAUUUCGCCCAACAGCAAACGUGAAUCGUCCACUGUCAAUCCAACCGAAAAAUUUCCCACGUUAGGUUAGUUUGGUUAUAUAUAAAACUUCAAUGGCGUGGGUGUUUAUAAAACAAUAUAGUAAAAACAUAUUUUUAGACAGACUGUGAGUAUGACUUAAUAAUAUACAUGUAUAUUUUAUUUUUUUGAAUUAAAUAUAUUUUAAGUGUUUUUUUUAGUUUAAGUUUUUGGAGACUAAAUUAUAAAAUAUCUAUGUGCCAACAUUUUUUUUUUCAUUAUUUAUGAAUGUUUAAAAUAUAAUAAUGUUAAUUACUAAUAUUGUAUUAUAACUGUUUAACUGUGUUUGUAAUUAAAUUAAAAUAUUUAUAUUCAUAUUGUAAUAUAUAAUAAAUAUUUGUAUUAAAAAAUUUGUUACGGUAUUUUUCCCCCAAAA